GAGACCGGAAGUUGAAUUAGGCCUAGCUUGUCCAGCCUAGCUCUAUUCGUUUUUCUUUCAUUACAGAGAGUAGGCCUACAGAGAACAAACUCACGAUGGCAGAGCUGCCUGGAGUAGAAGUGCUUCAGAACGAAAUUGAAAAGGCGAGAGACAAGCUAAAAGGCUACAAUGAAAAUAUAAAGAAGCUGACAGGGCGUGAUCCAUCUGGUCCAGGAAUUCGCCGUCUGCUCAGUGAUGGCUCUGAGAGAGUUGAUGAUGGAGACAACUUUCAAAUGGGCAGAGGGAGAGGGAGAGGCCGACUCUUUGGUCUUGCUAGGCGUAACAUUAUGGAGGACAGUGGACCCCCAGCGAAAAGAAGAAUUGUUGGUGGAGCUUUCUCAAGACUGGGUCCAGCCCCGGUUCCGAUGAGACGAACGGACAGAGAAGACAGCCCUUACCAAGAGGAGGAACUACCCCAUAAGCUGUCGGUCCAGUCCUCUGUGGUGAGUACGUCCAGGGAGACCAAGAACAGAAAAGAAAUUAUGGAGGAGCAAACCAAGGAUAAAGAAGGCAUGCAACGAAAUCGUCGUAUGUUUGGACUGUUGAUGGGAACUCUCAACAAGUUUAAGACAGAGUCCAAGACACUUCAGUCAAAGGUAAGCUAGUCUUGUGUAUGGGCU